CUGGUGAAUGCUAUCCAGACAGGUUCAAUCAUCAAUUUUGCAGCGGGUGUUGCAGCGCUACGAUCCAUCAUUUCAUUCAACGAUUUACACAUCAUCACACGUCGCUUUGUACAAAUACACUACAAAAUGGGACCGAACAAGCACUGAGGGAAACAUAAUCAUAUACCGCAGAACGACGUUGCCAUCUACUAAACUGGUUAUAUUCAAUAAGAAGGACAGAGGGGUGUUUGAGGUAUAUUUGGGUGGAAUUGAGGUGGACAUGGUGCGUGACAUUAUCGUGUUUAAGAAUGAGGCGUUUUGCUACGGAAUUUGGAUGGUUGUAGAGAGGGAAAGGGAGGUAUUGGUCGAAGUUGUUAAGAGGAUCGAAGAACGAAUGGAAAAAAGCAGAAAAUUGUUGGAUAAAAUACGUGAGUAG